AUGCUAUUAGUUAGGCACUUGCAGCACUUGCAGAUAGAAGAAAGUGAGGUGCCAAGGAUGUGCCUGCAACUGUACAGGGAAUAUGGCACAACCAUGACCGGUCUAAAGCUGGUAGGGGUUGGCAUCAACGGUGUGCAGCUGGUGGGGGUUGGCAUCGACGGUGUCCAGCCGGUCGGAAGUAGGUUGUUGGACAUGUGA